AUUGUGUUAUCUGGUCUUGUUUAUCUUUGUUCUUUAUGUAUAUUUGUGUGUAUAUGUACAUUGUAUUACUUGUAUGGUCCACCUUUAGAAGACAUGGCCAACGUUCAAGAUGUUUAUUUUCAUAAUUCCGAUACUGUUUUUCUUGUGGCAAUUGCAAGUAACCGUGUAGUUGGGACAAUAGCAAUUGUUCACCGUUCGACCACCGACAAAACAACAAAGGUAGCAUGGCUUAGAAGAAUGGCUGUUCUAAGACAAUUUCGGGGAUUAGGUAUAGCCAAAAGUCUGAUUAAAGAGGCAAUUGUAUUUAGUAGAACUCAUAAAUAUUCAAGUAUUGAACUUAUUACUACAGAAGUUCACAAAUCAGCUCGCAACUUAUAUGAACGAAUGGGAUUUCAA